CCCAGAGAGAGAAGGACUUCACGCAGGCAGGCAGGCAGGAAGGCAGGGUGUCAGAUAGGAUUUCUACGGUCAUUCAGUUCCAGUCUGUCUGUCAGCAGGUGGUUCUAAGCCGCCUCCUCUCUGAACGCCACCUCCACCAACUCCUGCAGCGUCAACUUCAUCUCGCGGUCCGCACAAUGGCUGGCAGCGAAUCCAAAGCGCAUCUUAAACACAUCAACACGCUCCCGGGGGGUUGCUGCGGUGGUCCUCUCGAGGGCCGUCGUGAUGAAGAGGCGGAUGAUCUGGCUGAUGCGGUGCCAGAGAGGGGCGAGCAGGUAGGGAGGAAUGGCGUUGCACAUGUAGCCGGCGAUUUCCAUCUUGAUCUCCUUCAUAAUCCCGUCGUUGGUGGCUGCACGGGUGGACCAAAGUGGCCGUAGCGCGCGUUCGAGGGAGCGGAAGAUCAGCCGGAACAAGUCGUGUUGAAGGUAGGCAAGAUACGCGUCAACGACGCGUUGGUUGGCAUCCAUGCCAACCUCCCCAGCCGGCUGCCUCUCGGCACCCCUGCCGACCACAAAUCGGCACCGUGCCGCAGCAGUCCCCGCAGCAGACCGUUGGCGUUGGGACGGGAAGCGGCGAGCUGCAGGGGCGUGGCUCCCGCCGUGUCAGUCGUGUUGAGGGUAUAGGUGAAGCCCCUCCUCACCAGCAGGUCGAUGAGUUUCUCCUGUGCUGCCUCGCUCCUCAGGGGGUGCCGGCAGAACUCAUGGAUGGGCAGCCGACGAUUGGCGUCACGCUGGCGGAGCUGCCCGGGCUCCAGCUCGACCAGGCGGCUCACCAUUGCCAGCUUGACGAUGGGCUGCAUGAAGGGGUUGUGCCGCGCCACAUCGAACAGCAGCUUCAGCUGCGCCAGCCCCGACGAAGGGUCGCCGACGUCGCUGUCCAUGAUGUAGUUGAGCAUAAUGUGGGCGACGUCGUAUCUGCCGCAGACAAUGGCGACUCUCGAGGGAUAGGGGUCGCCCCUCAGCGCCUCUUCAGACCCCAACCUCGCUAGGAAUGUGUGGAUGAUGGCCGGGGCGUCCGCCAGCGAGGACUGCGCGACCAAGCUGAUCAGCCUCAUAGGGCGACCGCGAAAGAACAAGCGCUGCGAAGGGUCGGCAUCCGUGAGCGUCCCGAACAUGAACUCUUCCCAGAGCUUCAGCGUGUUCAGGUUUGCAUCCCGCGAAAAGCUGACUCGGCCG